GCGCGCGCCCGUGGGCGGGGCCAGGAAAUGGAACGUGUAACAUUUCUCAACAGGUACAGGAGGACCGUAGUGUGUAGCGGCUGAUGUGUUUGCAGAGUAAUGGGACUGUCCAAGCGAGUGUCAUCGUGGUCGGUGGAAGAAGUGUUGGCGUGGGUGCAGGACCAGCACCCAACGCACAUGGGCACGCUGCAGAAAGCCAUAAUUAAGCACGCCAUAUCAGGCCGUGCAUUGCUGAGAUUAAAGGAUCAUCACCUGGAGCUGCUCGGGUUGGAGGCUGAGGAGCAGCAGCAGGAAAUCUGGCAGGACCUCCUCCUACUCAGAGUUCAAGAAGAAAUCAAUGAACUCAAUGACAUCUGCUCUGAGUGUUUUUCUUCAUAGCUGGAAAUGAAACGCGGCUUCCUUUUUCAUUUCCCGUCCAUUGAUUUGUCCACGUGAAGGAGGGAGAAAAGUGGGAGUGAUGGAAAUAACAAGAGAAGGUGAAAGAGAAAGAAGAAUCAAUGCAGAGAGAAAGAAACCCAUUUCCUGUGUGAAAUCUGACCUGUGCAGAUGGAUUAGAUUCGUUUUUGUCUGAGCGUCUUUUUCUGGGCCCUGCUAAUAGACCCUUCUCAGUCGUUUUGACAUGUAAUUGGAGGGUAAACAUAUGUGUAUUAAUAACAUUAAUUAUGGUCCCGUU